CUCCUGGGGCAGUGACGCCGAGCGCGAGGAUUCUCGCGAGAUCGCCGCCGGAAGUGGGUGGCAGAGCGGACGCAGCGACUCGGCUCCCCGGAAGGCGAGCGUCUCUCCCGAGCUGUUGCAGCUGCUGUCCCUGGGCGCUCGCCUCCGAGGAAGGGCUCUCCCUUUACUGCCUUUCCAGCCCCGAGCUCGAGCUUUCGGCCUCCCGAUUGCACCUCUGCGCGGCCCGGCCUGAGGCGCCUCCGCAACCCCGGCCCCUCCCUCCGCGCUGCAGUUAAGCCGCGCCCUCAGGCCCUGUCCGCGGCUGCUCCGGCGGGUGAUGCCAAAUACAGCCAUGAAGAAAAAGGUGCUGUUGAUGGGGAAGAGCGGGUCGGGGAAGACCAGCAUGAGGUCGAUUAUCUUUGCCAAUUACAUCGCUCGUGAUACCCGACGCCUGGGUGCCACUAUUGAUGUGGAGCACUCCCACGUCCGAUUUCUGGGCAACCUGGUGCUGAACCUGUGGGACUGUGGCGGUCAGGACACCUUCAUGGAAAACUACUUCACUAGCCAGCGAGAUAACAUCUUCCGUAAUGUCGAAGUCUUGAUAUAUGUGUUUGAUGUGGAGAGCCGCGAGCUGGAAAAGGACAUGCAUUAUUACCAGUCGUGUCUGGAGGCCAUCCUCCAGAACUCUCCCGAUGCCAAAAUCUUCUGCCUGGUGCACAAAAUGGAUCUGGUUCAGGAGGAUCAGCGUGACCUGAUUUUUAAAGAACGCGAGGAAGACCUGAGGCGUCUAUCUCGCCCCCUGGAAUGCGCCUGCUUUCGAACCUCCAUCUGGGAUGAAACGCUCUACAAAGCCUGGUCCAGUAUUGUCUAUCAGCUGAUUCCUAAUGUCCAGCAGCUGGAGAUGAACCUGAGGAAUUUUGCCCAGAUUAUCGAAGCCGAUGAAGUUCUGCUGUUCGAGAGAGCUACGUUCUUGGUGAUUUCCCAUUACCAAUGCAAAGAGCAGCGUGACGUCCACAGAUUUGAGAAGAUCAGCAACAUUAUUAAGCAGUUUAAGCUGAGCUGCAGUAAAUUGGCCGCCUCUUUCCAGAGCAUGGAAGUUAGGAAUUCUAACUUCGCUGCUUUCAUCGACAUCUUCACAUCAAACACGUAUGUGAUGGUAGUUAUGUCGGAUCCGUCCAUCCCUUCUGCAGCUACUCUGAUCAACAUUCGCAAUGCCAGGAAACACUUUGAGAAGCUGGAGAGAGUGGAUGGCCCCAAGCACAGCCUCCUUAUGCGCUGAAUAUUGCCAAAUGUUCUUUGUGAAAAUGCUGAAUUGCUUUCCCCUUCCCCCACCCCUUUUCUUUACUAUUCAUAAUGUUGUGUGCUUUGAAAUGUGCCGCUUACCACUUCCAUCUCUCUUCCCUUUUCCCCAAUCUUUAAACCCUGAACGCUAUUUACUCAGCUAUACAGUAGAGCUUCAAAGAUGGCCUUUCUGAAAAGGUGGUUUGGUGUUAACACUAAAGUAGGUGGGUGUAUGUGUGGGUGUGUGUAUUCUGAUUACCUGGUUACCAUAGAUAUACACAUCAAAGCCUUUACGAUAUCCUCCUGUAUUCCCUACAAGACUCUGAAGAUGGAAUGUUACUAUUUUAUCAGCAAGGUAUUAAAAUGCAUUUAUA